GAGAAAAACUUUAAACUCCAAAUAUAAAAAAGAUACAAAAUCAAUAUACAAUUUUGAAAAAUAACACAAAAUUCAUCAUUGGCAAAACAAUUAUAACCUCCAAAUAGAAUUUGUGUGGGUCAAAUGAUUUGGACACAUGUUUAUUUUAGUAAUACAAAAGUGCAAUAAUAAUAGUACUAAUUUGGUAACCUAUAUUUUAAGCAUUGAACUAGGCUAGGAAACAUGGGAUUAAAUUUGAUAAUCCUAAAUUAUUAAGGAGUCUACUCUGUAAUUUCCAUACACGCCUGUCCUUUAGAGCGACACACCCUAUAAAUAAUAAUCCAAAUAAAAAAGCAGCUCUCCAUUUUGGGAAUUAACACAGUUGCUUGUCGAUUUGUUUGCACAAAAAAUGGCGAAAGAUUCUCCAAAACCCCCCAAGACGACACCAAGGGCGCCAACGAAUCCAACAGUGAGCAUUUGGGCAGCACAAUGUGGGAAAUGCUUCAAAUGGAGGACACUUUCAACACAGGAAGAGUUCGAGGAAAUCAGGAGUAGGUUUGCUGAACAACCCUUUAACUGUGACAACAAACCUAAUGGUUCUUGUGAUGACCCACCUGAUAUCGAGUACGAUUCUUCUCGAACUUGGGCAAUUGACAAACCUAAUCUCCCUAAAACCCCAUCUGGGUUUAAGAGGGAGUUGUAUCUCAGGAGAGAUUACUCUAAAAUGGAUGCUUAUUAUGUCACUCCUACUGGCAAGAGACUAAGAUCCCUUAUUGAAGUGGGUAAUUUUCUUCAAAAUAAUCCUGAGUUCAGUGACUUAUCAGUCUCAGAUUUCAGUUUUGUCAGCCCCAAAAUUAUGGAUGAUACUAUACCCUCUACUGCUGUUGUUGCCAACUCUAACAAGAAGGGUGCACCUGGUACUGCUAAAUGAGUGCGUGGAUGGAGCUCGAAUUGUUUGUUUUGAUCUGUAGAUGCAGUAUUUAGUGUCCUGGUAUGCUUGAAGGUUAAACUUAUUCCCUAUGUAUGUUAUUUUCAAUGUCUUUGGUAUGCAAAUCUCUUAUGUAUGUGGAAAACAUCUCAACUGCUUGGUUCACCUUUUGUCGGGAAGGAUUUGAUAUCAAAGAUGCGAACUAUUUCUAGGGGUCGCUUA